AUAAGGAGAAGAAAUUGUAGUGACCAAGGAGUGCUUCAGAAAAUUAGGGUGUGAGAACAAAUUUGAAACCCUAAUUCUUCCAUUUCCCUUUUUUAUGGCGUCCCAAGGCAAAAGAGGUGGAGUAUCGCUUCCUGACAGGCCCAGCGAUUCCAGCUCCGUACUCGCCAAGAUCUCGCGUUCCUCCAUCGUCGUCCGUGGUAAGGAGGCCGCCGGGGAUGCCGCCUUUGUGGCGAAGAAGCUCCUCCGGAGCACCGGCAAGGCGGCCUGGAUCGCCGGCACCACCUUCCUGGUCCUCGUUGUCCCUCUCAUCGUGGAGAUGGACCGUGAGCAGCAGCUCAACGAACUUGAGCUCCAACAGGCCAGCCUCCUCGGCACUCCUGCACCCAAAUAAAACGAAAGGAGAUUUUCUCAGAUCAGUUCCUUCCCUUUGAAACCACUGCAUGCGCUUUCUAGGGUUUCCGCUUCCAAUAAUUUUACCUUUCUAGAUUUUGAUAAAAAGAAACACUUUCUGUGAGAAGUUUUUGUGUAUUCUUGUCAUUAGUUGUUAAAAGGCGGGUCGCUGAUUGUAAUUUACCUGCUGUUUUUAGUAGAAUGAUUCUGUUUCACCAACUCUAUUAAGCUGGUGCUGCGUUAUUUUUUCACUUUGAUGAACUUGAGAAGGGCUUCUGUGCUGAAUAGAAUGAUAUUUGGGUAUAAUUACCAUCGCAUUUCAUUGGUUUAGACUA